UUCACCGUGCCCACCAUGCCCACCCCACACACCCUCCUGCCCCCACCCCCCAUACAGUGCCAGAACCCUGGCACAGGGGCAUUGCAGUGCCCGCACACCCCAGAUGGAAGGAACGUUUCUGAGUGGAUGAGCAGCUGCAGUGACCCCCCCAGGCCCGGCUACGCCCCACGCAGUGACACGGACCCACAGGGACCGCCCGUUCCUCUUUCUGAGCACGGACAGCUGGCUGCAGGCGGAGCCAUGGGGCGCCCCAUAGCAAUGCUGCUGCUCCUGCUGCUGCUUCCCCACGGCAUCGGGGCCACCACCUCGCAGCCCCCGCUGCUGCCGUGCAGCUGCGACGCGGUGGGCAAAGCGCCGGACUCGUGCCCCAGUGCUGAUUGCCUCUGUGCUAUGGACCACCAACCCGUCAACGCCUCCGAUUUCCACGCACGGGAGUGUCAGGGCAACGUGGGGAUGGUGGCUGUGGCCGUGGAUGCGGUGGUGGUGGGAGUGGGGGUGGGAGUGGGGCUGGUGGUGGUGGGGGUGGUGGUGGGGGUCGUGGUUUGGCGGUGCCGGAGGACGACGGGCACGACGGGGUGGGGGAAGCGGGAGCCCCCUGCAGCCCAUGGGCAGCCCCGCUAUGUCAGCCGUGAGGCGGAGAGCAGCCCUGCUGCCGUGGGGGUGUGCCUGGCUCCCGACUACGAGAACGUCUUCGUCGGCUCCUACAUGGCCUCCAGCGCAGCCCCGGUGCAGGAUGGGGAGCAUGGGUGUCAGCAGGGGGGGUACAGCCCCCAGGCACCGCCGGACGAUCUCUAUUUCAUGGAGAGCGACGCAGGGGAGCAGCCCAUCUACGCCAACACCGGGACCCCCAGAGAGGACAUCUAUGUCAGCCCCGACCCGUGAGGGCAGCGCCCCGGGGGAUUCUGCAGCGCUGGGACAGCGGAGGGGAUUUUCCUCUAUUUUUUUUUUUCUUUUCUUUUUGCAACGAGAGCAAAACGGCUGCGCGGCCGUUUCCUGCGCGGGGCUGAGGGCGGAAGCGGCCGCUUCUCCUUGGGGUUUGCACUGCGAAAUGGGGACGGGGCAGUGGGACACGGCGGUCCCUGCACGUCGCUCCCGAGCUCCGCGUGACACCCGGACUGACGGCCUCAAACGCUUCCGGCGCUGCCCUCUGUGAAAUCCGACAGUCUGGGACAAAAGCGCCGUUUUUGGACGCUGCUGGCAGCGUGUGGCUGCGAGGUGACGGCUCUGGGACGUGUGGGUGGUGAUGUGGAGGCACCCCGUGUCCCAGCCUUGCACGGGUCCUUGUGGUUCUCCACGGUGACAUUAAAUGUUGGGCUGUCCUCAGUGA